UCUUACACUCGAUUAAACCCGGCCCGUUUGUAUUUCACCCGGACCGCAAUAGCUCUGACUGGUACGAAUCGAAGAGCUGAACAGAGAAACGGAGAAGACGAGACAUGGCAGGCGGAAGCGGCGGCGGAACAUCAGGAGCAUCGGCGGAUCUUCACUCCGCGGCGAGAUCCGGUGAUUUAGCGGCAGUUCAGCUAAUCGUCAGCUCUAAUCCUUUGGCCGUCAAUUCGAGGGAUAAGCAUUCUCGGACUCCACUACACUUAGCAGCAUGGGCAGGCCACAACGAGGUCGUGAGCUACUUAUGCAAGAACAAAGCCGAUGUUGGUGCUGCAGCAGUAGACGAUAUGGGUGCUAUCCACUUUGCUUCUCAAAAGGGACACUUGGAAGUUGUGAGAACUCUACUCUCCGUUGGGGUUUCUUUGAAAUCCAUCACUCGCAAGGGACUUACACCUCUUCACUACGCUGCUCAAGGUUCUCACUUGGACCUCGUCAAGUACUUGGUCAAGAAAGGAGCCAAUGUCAGAGCCACCACAAAGACCGGGAAGAAUCCUGCGGAUGUUGCUGGUAACCCUGAAACCCAAACCUUCCUUGAAGAAUGUGAAGAGCAGGCGAGGAAAGACAAGGUGAAGAACAGUCAGAAAAAGACGGAGGAAGUGAAACCAGAGAGUUAUGAUGUUGAAGGAGCUGACAAGGGUUUGAAAAGAAAGGAUUCUGAGGAUGGGAACGAGGAGGGGGAGUUGGAAGAAGCUUCUUCUAAAGCGAAAAAGCCAAAAGUUGUUCUUCGUCAUCUUCAGGAGAGUGAUGACACAGAAGCUGAUCAAGAAGAAGAAACUGAGGAACCAACCAAUGGAACUUCAACUUGAAAUGAGUUGUAACAUCCAUCAUAUGAUAUAAUUCAGAGAUUUCACCAAAAACUUUAGUUUGUUUCUGUGAUCCAUCAGUUUCUUAUAGCUGUUUAAUCAAAAAACAAUCCUCAAAUUCUAAAGCUGUUCUCUGCCUUGCUUACUUUUUGCUGUAAAUGAUUUUAAGAUUA